AUUGGACGACACUGACCAGUUCGCCUCAGGUCCUUAGACUUGCCUUGCAGCAUGUAAACAACAUUCAUCUGCCUCAUUGAAGCACAAAGCCAAGUGCACUACUCGUAACUCUGGUUGGGGAAAGUUUUGACCUCGCAGCCAUAGCGAAACGAAAAUUGGGAUAAACUCGGCGGUUAUGAGGCGCGAGCCGCAGCCGGUCGAACGGUAGAGUUAGCUAGCUAAAGCUAGCUUUAGCAAACCUGCCACCGUUAGCCACAGCGCUAGUGUUCCGGAAAUAAUGGAGUUUGUCGGGAGCCAGGCUCCAUCCGGGACGGUGUUGGAGUUAGACGUGGAUGGGAGAGAGCCAGGGAUGCACACCUUCAAUCACAUGCAUAUGAGGAAAGCAUUUAGGGUCAUGAACGACCUGAGAAGCAGGAAGAUGCUUUGUGAUGUGCUGCUGGUAGCUGCUGAAGAGGAGAUUCCUGCCCAUAAAUUGGUGCUGGCUUCCUGUAGUCCCUACUUCUGUGCUAUGUUUACAGGAGAAAUGAGUGAAAGUAAGGCCACAUGUGUUGAGAUAAGGGACGUGGAUGGACAGACACUCAGGAAACUGGUGGACUAUAUUUAUACAGCAGAGAUCGAAGUAACAGAGGACAACGUGCAGGUGCUGCUGCCGGCAGCCAGCUUACUGCAGCUAAUGGAGGUUAGACAGGUGUGUUGUGAGUUCCUGCAGGCCCAGCUCCAUCCCACCAACUGCCUGGGCAUCCGUGCCUUCGCUGACCUGCACACCUGCGCUGAGUUGUACAGCCAGUCCCAUGCCUACGCGGAGCAGCAUUUUAGCGAGGUCAUGCUGGGAGAAGAGUUCAUGAGUCUUUCCCUGCAACAGGUGUGCAGUCUUAUCUCUAGUGACAAGCUGACCGUAUCCACUGAAGAGAAGGUGUUUGAAGCCAUGAUAACAUGGAUAAAGCACGAUAAGGAAGCACGCUUAGAGUACAUGCCAAAGCUCAUGGAGCAUGUUCGCCUGCCAUUGUUAUCUAGAGAUUACUUGGUUCAGAUUGUAGAGGAGGAGCCCUUGAUAAAAAACAACAACACAUGUAAGGAUUUCCUAAUCGAAGCCAUGAAGUAUCACCUGUUACCUGCAGACCAGCGGCACCUGAUAAAGACAGACAGGACUCGGCCGCGGACGCCUGUCAGCCUGCCUAAGGUGAUGAUAGUGGUUGGUGGUCAGGCCCCUAAAGCUAUACGCAGCGUUGAAUGCUAUGAUUUCCAGGAGGAUCGCUGGUACCAAGUGGCUGAUCUGCCAUCAAGACGCUGCCGAGCAGGGGUAGUGUUUAUGGCUGGUAAAGUUUAUGCAGUGGGAGGCUUUAAUGGUUCUCUGCGUGUGAGGACCGUGGACGUGUAUGAUGGUAUGAGGGAUCAGUGGAGUUCUAUUCCAAGCAUGCAGGAGCGUCGCAGCACACUGGGAGCCGCCGUGCUGGGGGACCUUCUCUAUGCUGUUGGGGGUUUUGAUGGCAGUACAGGUUUGGCCUCAGUGGAAGCGUACAACCCCAAGACUAAUGACUGGGCUUUUGUGGCUCCUAUGAACACCAGGAGAAGCAGUGUGGGGGUGGGAGUGGUGGACGGUAAACUGUAUGCAGUAGGUGGUUAUGAUGGUGCAUCUCGUCAGUGUCUCAGCACUGUAGAAGAGUACGAUCCAGUAACCAACAAAUGGGACUACGUGGCUGACAUGAGCACCAGACGGAGCGGAGCAGGUGUAGGUGUGCUGAAUGGGCAGCUGUAUGCAGCAGGGGGACACGAUGGUCCACUUGUGAGGAAAAGUGUAGAGGUGUUUGACCCAGCCACUAACACCUGGAAGCAGGUGUGUGAUAUGAACAUGUGCAGGAGGAAUGCAGGAGUGUGUGCCAUAAACGGUCUGCUGUAUGUUAUCGGCGGGGAUGACGGCUCGUGUAACUUGUCCUCUGUGGAGUUCUACAACCCUGCUACAGACAAGUGGAGUCUGAUUCCCACCAAUAUGAGCAAUGGUCGCAGCUACGCAGGUGUGUCGGUUAUUGACAAGCUGUUAUGACAGAGCUUCGAUGAGCAGGACCUCGCUGAUUAAAGUGAAGGGCCGAGGUAGACAUACCGUCAUUUAAAGCUCUGAGGGAGGAGAGUCUCUCUGCCUUGGUCACACUGAGCCUGUGUUCACCACGAUGGUGUGUAAAUCAUGCCAGAUUGACCGCUAAAAUGCCCUCACAUGCUCUCGAAAUGUUCCGUCUGCUUCUACUGAUUAUCAGAGGUCACAGCAAUCAUCAGCAAAAAGGCCUGACUGGAGCAAGCAGGGUUUAAAGGGCAGGCAAAAUGAAGUGAAGCGGACAUUCAGCCCGGCAUGCAGAUCUGAACCUGUGGUCCGUCUGGUACUGACUACAGGUACAGAGUACCAUUUCUCUGCUCUACUACUGAUUCAUAAAACACUGUACAGACAUUUCAGGCAUCAUGCAGAUUCCAAGGAUGAAAUGGGUGUGUUCUCUACAGCCUAGCUAUGAUGUACUGUAUCUCCUCCAUCAUAGCCUUCAGCCUCAACAACACUACUGCAAGCUGAAACCGUUUUCACCACCGAAUAUCAUCAGUUCAACUUGAAGCAGGACAAAGUGUUAUUCUGGUUAUGUUCUCAAACAUAUUUUAAUGUUCUUUACUCCAUUCUUUCAACCUAACAAGGUUUAUCAUGGAAUAGAUGUACUGUAGAAGCAACUCUACAAAGCAACUAAUCAGUGUGGUUGUAGCCAGCUGCUUUUGUGCCACAAUGAUUUUAAUAUUUUGCACAUCUGUGUUGGGGCACAGAGGAACAGUUCAUUUAUACUAUAAGGAAAUGUGCCAAAUCGUAUCAGUAGUCUGCAAAACUCACUUUUAUCAGGCAGACCAGUCUGAGUAUACACUAAUAAUUUCAUAAAAGCCGGACCCGCGGGCUGGAAAGAAAUCCGACCCACGCAUCACUAAUAUACAGUAUUAUUUUAAUGUGAAGUCACUAUUAAAAAGGUUGCUGAUAGAAAUGAUACCCACCAUGUACUGGUUGUUGGCUGUGGUGGUAAACACUGACGAUGAUGAAGGGCCUAGAGAGUGAUGAACAUCCUGCACUAGGGUCAGUAGCAGUAACUAUGGAGCUGGAAUGCCAUCUAGACAGUAGGGUGACCUGAUAAAAUGGAGUAGAACUACAGUAUAGGAAUUGUUCACCUAAUAGACAAAACUGGCCACUUUGUGCAAGUUUUAGACUCGUAUGUAACUCUAGUGUUUGUUUCAGGCUGAUGGAUCACUGAUCCUCUGUAAACAGAUGGACUGAACAGCACUCUGGCUCCAGUGAUCAUGAUAUUGUACUGUAGGUAGAUAUAACAGCUACAGAUACAUAUCAGAGGCAAUAUAAGGUUCAUGUGUGUACAGAACUUAAUACUUAACACUAUUGCAAGCACAAUUUUAAAUAAUUUGAAGUGUUAUUUUUACCUGUUAAUCUUGAUGUCGGAUGGUUCACUGUUUUUCUAACAGAUGUAUUUUAUAGGAAGAGAACGGUGGGGGUUUAAACACAAAAACAGAUGUUUGUUGUGUUUAAUGAACAGGAAAAUACUUUUAUUCAGGUUUAGAGCCACCGUUCCAGUGCAAUUACACAAACAGUGGUUUAUUAUGUUUGUCAUGAAUGAGACAUUGCAGAGGUGGUCGAGUCAUUCUCAGCAUUGUUUAUCAUACACUCAGCAAUUCUAACAGAAACAGUAUUAAGUCCUGUGUGACUAUGCAGUCAAAGGUGCACUUGGUAUUUGAAAAGAAGAAUUUUUUCCUUCGGAUUAUUAUAAUGAGUUUCAAAUGAGCUAAGAAACUGAAUCUGAAACUUCAGACUGAAUUGCAAUAACUAAUACAAUAUUGCCAUGCAGUAGAUCUCUGGACUUUUGUUCAGUCACUUGGAGAAGUGGAAAAUCUGUCACUUUUCACCGCAAUUGCAGUUUGCCUUACAGGCAGCAGAGGGUGCUUUAGGUCAUGUUACAAACUGCCCCUUUAACACGGUUCAGAAAGUGUUGCGUUAUUUGAACACAUUCUGCGUGUGUCAGAAGUGAUGGUAACCUUCAAAUGGGGUUAAUGCAGUUUGUAUCAUUAUCUGUAUUAGCUGAAGCUCUGCAGUUGUGCACGAUGUUAUAGUGUGUAAUCUGCUGUUCGGUCAUGUGGUCAAACUCCAAGGCUUCCUUCUAAAGCAGUGUUUCUUUAAAUGAACAUUUUCUGUAAGUAUAGAAUCAUUUAAUCACUUGUAUAUCAAAUAAGUGUCAUGAACAGCUCUGACCACUGGGAGGCUGCAGUCAUUUUUAGCAGCAAAAGAAGAAAAUCUAAAGCAAUAUUUCCAGGUAUGCAGUUUUUUUUGUUUGUUUAUUUGUUUUUUAACUGCUGCUGCAGAUUGAUUUAUUGUAUUUUUUUGUUUCUGAUGUUAGGUUUGGAUAUUUUCCAUCUGUAAGAUUAAUUCUACCUUCUUAUUCCACAACACUGAACUGAAAAUAUGUUUAAAAUAAUGGUUUAUAAUAAUGCACACUUUUAAUAAAUGAUCAUUUCUAUGGUAACAACAAACAGUAAUUGAUGAUGGAGGCUACAAAAAAAUCGACUUAAAACCAUGUGUAAGUGUUGUGUGUUUUCUGACAAUUUGGACUUCAGUUUCUCUGCAAGCUAUUUUUUUAACCUGAUAAAGAGUAAAAAAGAGAAAUAAACCAAUAGUGAAAUAAUAAUAUAAUAUGGUGGAAAAUAAAUAUUUUGGGGUGAUAAGUGUUACACCACCUGCUCAUCGAUUGUUGUCCUUUGACAGCAUGCGUUACUGGGUUUUAUUUCUUGUGUAAUAGAACAUAUUAAAAUUCACAAGUGAUCCUAAAUUCCACAAUGCACAAAUCCAUGCUGCCGUGGAAACGGCCCACUCACUAUAAACAUCUCGGCCUGCACCAGAAACAGUGCGAGAUUUGCUCUUGUGUACUUUUUUUACAUUCUCAACAUGAGCUUUGUACAUUACUACCUGAAUGUGUUGGUGAAUGCAAUAAGAACAGAUUGUAGGACUGUCAAAAAAUGAACUGUUUGUGUUAUAUGUCUGUUGUGUUACACUAACAUUUACAUGAGGGGUUGUGAAUUUUUAUUUAUUUUUUACUUGGUAAUUAAGGACAUUUUAUCAAAUCA